GCGGGGCCUAAACGCGGAGGUGCGAUUUUAGCUACCGUCCAUCUUCAGCUACAUUACAGUGAGCGAGCUUGUCGAAAAGAAAUCAUAUUUUGGAAGUAAAGAAGAUUUUCUGGAAUUAGUUUUGGCUGUAUUUGAAAAAAGAAAAACGAAAUCCCAUAUCAUAGUUAACUUUGUGACAGACGGAAUGUGGACAUCGUCGUAGUCAGAGCCAUGGCUGACAAGAGAAAACUUCAAGGUGAGAUCGAUAGAUGUUUGAAAAAAGUAGCCGAAGGUGUGGAACAGUUUGAAGAUAUUUGGCAAAAGCUCCACAAUGCAGCCAAUGCAAACCAGAAAGAAAAAUAUGAGGCUGACCUCAAGAAAGAGAUUAAAAAACUACAACGAUUGAGAGAUCAAAUAAAAACAUGGGUGGCUUCAAACGAGAUAAAAGACAAAAGGCAGCUAGUUGAGAACCGCAAACUUAUAGAAACGCAAAUGGAGCGGUUCAAAGUGGUUGAACGUGAAACUAAAACAAAAGCCUACUCUAAAGAAGGCUUGGGGCUUGCUCAGAAGGUGGAUCCAGCUCAGAGGGAAAAAGAGGAAACGGGACAGUGGCUAACAAAUACAAUAGACACUCUAAAUAUGCAGGUGGAUCAGUUUGAAAGUGAAGUGGAGUCACUCUCAGUUCAGACACGAAAAAAGAAGGGUGAUAAAGAGAAGCAAGAUCGUAUUGAAGAGCUCAAGCGGUUGAUCGAGAGGCAUAGAUUCCACAUUCGCAUGUUGGAGACUAUUUUACGAAUGCUGGACAAUGACUCUGUGCCAGUGGAUGCAAUACAAAAGAUCAAAGAUGAUGUUGAGUACUACAUUGAUUCCUCCCAAGACCCAGACUUUGAAGAGAACGAGUUCCUGUAUGACGAUUUAGACCUGGAAGACAUCCCUGCAGCAUUAGUUGCCACUUCUCCAUCAGGUCAAGGCAAUGUGGAAGAUGAUAUGUAUCUCCACUCCAGCAGCACUCCCACCUCCACAACCUCUUCUUCACCCAUACCUCCAUCCCCAGCCACUUGCACUGCUGAGAACUCAGAGGACGAUAAGAAAAGGGGACGGUCGACAGACAGUGAAGUUAGUCAGUCGCCUGUGAAGAAUGGUACCCCAUCCUUACUAUCCUCCUUUUCUUCUUCCACCACCUCUGGGUCCUCUUCAUCCUCGUCCCUCAUAUCCAUGGCGAGCGUUGUCGGUGGCAUUCCUGCAGUUCCCACAAGCAGUAGUCUUAUAGGAAGCUUCAGCAGUGCGGUGCAACAACAUCAGCAUCAAUCUGCACAGCAGCAGCAACAAUCUCAACCAUUAAACCAGUCACAGCAACAACAGCAGCAGCAGCCACCUCAGGCAAAACCUGUCCCCUCUAACACCCCUAGCCCACCGAGCAACCCUCUUCUCCACACAUCCACUGCCCCCUCUCUUCCUACACCCAGCACACCUAGUUCAUCAGCUCCCAAUGCUCAGUCUCAGCCCACAUCUGGGCCCUCUUCAGCAACCAGUUUGGGACUGGGACUGGGACUUGGACUGGGCCUGGAUUUAAGAAAAGGUGGCAUAACAGGGACCAGCACUGCCAACCAAAUGCCAAAUUUAGGCUUGGGUAGCCUCCCCACUCCUUUAAAUACAAUGGCAAGCCUCAUUUCAGGGUCCACACCUGCCCCUUAUGCUCAGGCAGCAGCAUCAGGAGGCCUGGGUCUGAGCAGCACCACUCAGUCCAGCAUUUCAGUGGAGAGCAGCACUUCCAUCCCCACCUCUGGCUCCAGUGGAGUCACCACCAAUGGCGCAGGGACAGUGCUAGGUUCCAGUCCAGCCCACAGCUCUCUAAGUGGGAGUAUUUUGGGUCUGGUUCCUGGGCAGAGUGUGGCUCCUGGUACUUCACAGGUACCUCAAAGUUCUGCAAGCACCACCCCUGGAGUAGUUGGUAUGUUGGGAAGCAAUGGAGGAAACGUUGGUGUGGUUGGAGCUGGAGUAGUGAACGCUGCUCCUGCAAGACCACCAAGUGGACUGAAGCAAAAUGGAAGCACAAGUUACAGUGCUGUAGUGGCAGAGAGCUCCACAGAAUCUGCUCUAAGCACACCGAGCCAGUCACAAAGCAGCCAACCUUCAUCUCUCAGUUCUUCAACCAGUCAACCGAUGGACAAUGGUCCCAGCUUAAUUAGCUCCAUCACCCUGCCCCCCAGCUCUCCGUCCCCCUCGUUCUCAGACAGCACACCAGGUGGAGGGAGUCUACUCAACGGACCCCAUUCCUACACACAGGCCUCUGAGGGCCUCAAGGCGCCUGAGCCUCUCAGUUCUCUGAAGGCGAUGGCUGAGAGAGCAGCGCUAGGGUCAGGCCUGGAUGGAGAGAUUUCCAACUUGCACCUGACUGAAAGAAGUCGAAACGAUAUCUUCUCUAGUUCAUCAGCAGCAUCUGGCACACCUGCUGCCCCUCAGCCGUCCGUGUCGGAGGUCAGCAUCCCCCCUUCACUUGGGGUCUGUCCGCUGGGCCCAACCCCUCUCCCCAAAGACCAGCUCUACCAGCAGGCCAUGCAAGAGUCUGCAUGGACUCACAUGCCACAUCCUUCUGACUCUGAAAGAAUCAGGCAAUACCUGAUGAGGAAUCCAUGUCCCACCUUGCCCUACCACCAUCAGGUACCACCACACCACUCUGACUCCAUAGAGUUCUACCAGAGACUGUCCACAGAAACGCUGUUCUUCAUCUUUUACUACCUGGAGGGCACCAAAGCUCAGUAUCUAUCUGCCAAGGCUCUGAAGAAACAGUCAUGGAGGUUUCACACCAAAUACAUGAUGUGGUUCCAGAGGCAUGAAGAGCCCAAGACUAUCACUGAUGAGUUUGAACAGGGCACUUACAUUUACUUUGAUUAUGAGAAAUGGGGCCAGAGGAAGAAGGAGGGGUUCACCUUCGAGUACAGGUACCUCGAAGACCGAGACCUUCAGUGACGCACAGAGGGACGCAAAAGGACAGAGAAAGACAAAAAUGUGCUGCUGUUGACAUUCCGAGACUGAACUCCAAACUGUGGAUAGAGAUUGUGAUGUGUAGUAGAAACCCUCCUGUGAAGGAGACUGGUGUCUGUAUAGGCUGCAUCUCAAUGCGAAGCCCUUGCUCCUCGUGUAGAGCUUUGCUUUUGAUGAAAACACCCCGUGGGUCUGAUCAAAUGCACUGCGUUGCACGAGCUGGGAGGUCUCUCCUUGGAGAUCUGCGUUUGUGCCUGUCUGUGUGCACACUCAGUAUGUGGCAUUAGGAAAGCCUACCCCAUGCAUGUUUCUCUUUUUUUUCCCCCCCUCUUUUUUUUCAUUAAACUUGAUUCUCUGUAUCACCUACCCAACAUGAGCCUGGAAGCCUUUGACUUGACACAAAACAAAACCUUGGAUUUGGUUGUUAAGCUGCCCAUCUUGUAUUUACUGUAAUUUGGUGGUUUAGAAUGGGGACGUACAGUGGACAUUUAGUCAUGGUGUGUAGGAAUGGCUUCUUUUAAGAUCCUACGAUGCCUGUUUAAUAUGGUCACUAUUGAAGAUAGUGAGCGGUUAUCAAUAGUUUUAUUGAUAUUGUCUUGGUCAAUUAAAAACGUGAUUGAGAGUGACCACAGGGCCUCUCCCUGUGACAGGGAAAGAGUCCUUAUUGGACAUGGAUUAAAUUGCUAUGCAAUUGAA